CAAAAUCAAAAUAAACAUUUUUUUAAUGUAUUCGGCAGUAUUCGGUAUUACAUAUUAGUUCUAUUUUAAAUUAUUGCUUUGUUAUUGUUGUAUAUAUUGACCAUGACUUUCAAGUAUUCUCAUAACUGUUAUCCAAUAAAGUGUUAAUUAACAUAAUAAAUUAUAUGCUAGCUGAAACAAGGUCGGUGGCAGUAAAUAAUGGAAUUUCCGUCUCUUGGUGAACAUUGCCAGUAUGAUAGCUGCAACCAAACAGAUUUCCUUCCACUGCAGUGCAAGUGUGGUAAAGUCUUCUGCCGCGUUCAUUUCAACGACCACUGCCUAUCAGGUCUAUGUGAAUUAGCACCAAAAUCCAGAGAAAUUAAUCUAAGGAAUGAUGAUGAAAUAUUUAGGUGUUCCGAAAAUUUAUGCAAGAAAGGAAAUUUCCACGAAAUGCUAUGUGAUAAAUGUCACAAACAUUUCUGUGUUGAACAUAGGUUCCAUUUAUCAUGUCCAGAAAUAGAUGAUGAUGUGAUGGCACUGAAAAUUGAACAGCUUGAAGCACCAAGAAGACAAUUUCAUGAGGUGAAUAAACAUUUACAGGAAAAGAUAACAGAAAAUAUUAGAAAAGCUCUGCAGUCAUCAGCAAAAGUAAAAACUGCUUCUAAAAUACAUCUUAUGAGAAUAAAACAGAAAGCAAUAGGUCCUAAAAUUCUGCCUGCCAAUGAAAGAACAUAUUUUUCAAUAAAAAAACCAGAAGACAUGGAGGCAAAACCCGUAGUUAUUGUACAUGAUGAAGAAAAUGUUGUGAAAAUAGUGACAAUUUCUAUAGAUCCGGAUUUAAAAGGUGCUGUACCAGUUUUUGUGAGUUCAAAAUGGAGUUUGGGAAGAGCAAUUGAUAGUAUUUGUGAAACAUGUAAUAUCAUGAACGAUAAUAAUAAGAUUGGACCAACGAAGCUGAGACUGUUUAGACAAUUGGACGGAUAUUGUAUUAGUCCAACAAAGAUGCACAUAGAGAUCAAGGAAUUGAUUGCCAGUGAAAUAUUAACGGAAGGUGAUAAGUUAGUGAUGGAAUAUAUCAGCACAGAUGUUAUGAACAGUCUUGAUGAUAGUUCACAGGUAUUUUUAAGACAAUAAAUUAAUCCAAUAUUAUUAA